ACAUAUGAACAUCACCAUUAAUCAAUAAAUAGUAAAGCUUAAAAAGAACAAGAAAACUGAGCCGAACCGUGAAUCUUCGCUCCCGUGGCUAGGGGGUAGCGGCGCCGCUGGUACCCCCACCGAUCCAGAGAGCAGCCGCCGCCGCCGCCAUGUCCGGCUGCCCCUGCUCCGCCUCCACCUCCACCUCCUCCUCUCCACUCUCCCUCCUGCCCCCUCCCAGUUCCGUCCCCGCUACUCCGAGAUGCAUUAGGGUCGCCUUCUCCUCCUCGUGCGACGGAGGGGCGCGCGCGAUAGCCGCGGCGAGCACGAGACGGCGGAGGCGGGGGAGAAGGAGGGAGAUCCGGCGUUCAACCCUUCUGGUUCGUGACGCAGCGCCAUGCAGCUGCCGUGGAGUCGCCCGCUCAGGACGGCAAUGCCGCCCAGAUGCUCUACACGACAGGGGAGACGAGAGGACAACUGGGAUGGUUCGUGAGGGAAACAGGGAUUUCUUGCAGGUUCUUAUGGUCUGACAUGGGCAUUGAAGAGCUCGAGCAAACUUCUUACGUUAACAAUUCUUAACCGCCCACUUACUGUUUCUUCUCCAGUGCCUGGAGUCUUAAAGCAGCUCAGGUCAGCUAUUUAUGCUUUUCUUUAUUCCUUAAUUUUAGUUCUUCUACAUUAUAAAUUCAACCAGCAUGCUUUGGCAGGUUUCAAAACUAGUAUGAAUCCAAACAUAUAAUCAUCUGAAAUCCACAACUAAAUUUGACUAGAGCACACAUAUACUCUAGUGCUGUCACAUCUUAUUUGAUUUUAACGGAACUCUUUCAUUUAUUAUUUCUUAUUUUGGGUGUUUAUGGGUGUAAUUAUGUUUAUUGCUCUCAGUAUUUUUUUAUUCAACCCAAAAUAUAUUUUUGGCAAGAUGGUGGUGUUGUAAAUGUUUAUUUCACCUAUCUUUCCAUAUAUUUUACUAAUAUCUUAGUUAACAUUCAUUUUUUGCCAGUAAGUUUAUACUUAUGCAAACCAAGGAAAUCUGUUUAUUAUGCCAUGCAGAUUUUUUUUUGGAAGGGCAUCCUGCGCAUGGUCUUGGGUACCGGGUGGAAAAUCGGAUACUGCCCGGUAUCCUACCCUACGAGAAAAGCCUGUACCGAACAAAACAAUUUGUUUUUUUUUGAAAAUUUUGAAUUUGAAGGGCAAAAGUGAAGUCAAGUAAGAUGGAAACUCUGAUAGAACAGUUAAGUAUUGAUAACCCAAUGUUUCGUAUGCCCCUCCUAUGCCUUCUUAUCUAGGUCCUGUGCUUGACUAUCAUUGGUGCACUUCUUUUGUGCCAAAUUUU